AAAUGUCCAGCACUAGAAAUACCUUUUAAGCUCUUGCCUUUUUUAGGGCCCAUAUAUACUCCUUCCAGUCUCUAGAUAUGUUACUGGUCUCAUCCCUACAGCCAUUACAUGAAUGAAUGAUUCAGUUUUCAUUAUCCUCCCAGCACCAAUGAAGAGACUGAGUCCAACCACCCAGCCCAGUCAAGUCAAGCAGGUGUGCGAAGACGGAGACAACCUUAUCCCCUUUGCCAAGUAUUCCAGGGUGGUCAGCCGACCUCCACCCGCCAGCUUACCUUCCCAGAGCCUCAAGCUGAUGACCCAGCGUUACAGAGACAUCUUCUGGGACAGCCUUAGUCAAAGGCCCAGCCCCACCUGGAUGGAAGAACAGUACAUCCCACCCCUGCUGAGAGCUACUGGUUGUUCCCAGCCUGGCAUGUACCCCCUUGAGGGCCUCCCACCUCUGGAGAUGCUUUGCAGAAGAAAGAGGAGGCAGCCAUAUUUGACAGGAAUGCAGCAGGGAUCUGGGGGCAUCCCAGCCCGAGUAAGGGCUGUCACUUACCACCUAGAGGAUCUAAAGAGGCGACAGAGAAUCAUCAAUGAACUAAAGAAGGCCCAGUGGGGCAGCUCUGGGGCUGCAUCUGAGCCCCUGCUGUCUGGCGAAGUGGGCUGUAGAUUCCCCAGCACCACUAAACACCCUGAUCUGGAGGAGGAGAGGGCAACCUAUCCACAGGAAGAGGACCACUUUCUCCCUCCUGGCAGGGCCCAGCUGCUUUGGUCCCCCUGGAAUCCCCUGGUUCAGGAAGGAUCUUGUUUCUCCAGGCAGUUGAGCUCUCUACCCCAGUACAGCACUGUCACAGCCAGUAGGAACCCCCUUUACUGUCCCUGGGGAAUGGAGUUGCAGCCUGAGGAGUAAGAAGAAACUGUCCGUGGUCAUCCAACAUGCUUGCGCUGCCUCAAAGACCCAAGCCUCCGUCUCGCCGCUGGACUUCACCCCCUAAGGAAGGCGUCAGGGCACUUCCUCUUCCUUAGCCUCCCCCAGCUUCCUCUCCCAUCUUCUGCAUUAGGCACUAACAGGCCUCCCAUCUCAACCCACCCCUCUCAAGGAGCUCCCAGGUCCUGUUGCCGUCCAGGCCUGGCUCCCUGGCAGUGUUCUUUUCUCUGUUCAAUCAUUAAAAAUCAAACAAGUUGAGCCCAGAGUUAUCUUUCUCUCUGGAAGCAGUGAUGGGAGAGGCUAAUGGGGAGGACCGGCUACAGUGAAGUCGGGCUAGGUCCCCAAAAUUCGAGGAGUCCUGUCCACCAGUCCAGCGAUCCUCGCCCAGUACGGGAUGGCCACCGGCGCCCCACUCUGCCGGCUCGAGGAU